AUGGUCUCUGCAACUGACCUCGCUCUUCCUAAAGGUGCCUUGGUCCUUGUCACCGGUGCCAACGGCUUUAUUGCUUCCCAUGUGAGCGAUCAACUUUUGCAAAUGGGAUACCGGGUACGUGGUACAGUACGGUCUGAAAAGCCGUGGUUGGAGGAACACUUUCGUCAGGUGUAUGGUCCUGAGCGGUACCACAAUGUCAUUGUAACCGCUAUGGAGGAACCGGGUGCUUUUCAAGAGGCCAUGAAGGACAUUUCGGGGGUCGUUCAUGUGGCAUCGGACAUGUCCUAUGACCCAAGACCAGAUAUCGCUAUUCCUCGUGCCGUUGCCGGGACAAUGAAUGUGCUUGAAUCAGCUGAACAAGAAGGCACUGUCGAACGAGUCGUCUUGACUUCUUCAUCGACCGCUGCUUUGCGUGCAGUCCAGGAUGACGCUGGUGUUGUCGUUGAUGAGAACAGCUGGAACCACGCCAGCAUUGAAGCUGCCUGGAGCCCCGAUACCCCUGAGACGGAAAAACCCGGGAUUGUGUACUGUGCUUCGAAAACAAAGCAGGAAUCUACGGCCUGGGAAUGGUACAAGGAUUCAAAGCGUGGAUUCGUGCUCAAUGCAGUCCUACCCAAUGUUAACAUUGGGCCUACAAUCGCACCGGAAAUUCCCGGCUCAACGACUGCUUUGAUCCGCAGUGUCCUUGUUGGGAACACAAUGCCUAUAAAUCUUGUGAAGCCCCAGUACUUUAUCGACGUUCGAGACACCGCCCGCUUGCAUGUCGCCGCUUUGCUUGACCGGAAUGUGACCUCUCAACGAAUCUUUGCGUUCGCGCAUGCUGCUAAUUGGAAUGACAUCAUUCCAAUUCUGCGCAGAUUGCGGCCGAACAAUGACCAAAUCCCCGAUGCCCCCGAAAACGAAGGUCGGGAUCUGUCCAGCAUUAGACCGCGCGAGAAGGCUAUGCAGCUCCUGGAAAGAUUUUUUGGGCAGGCGGAUUGGACUACUCUUGAAGAGAGCUUGAAAUCAUCCAUUGACGGCUUCUAG